AUGCUAGAAGGCUUGUUUCAGCAAAUAGACAAAACACCACAAGAAAUGAAACUUCCUCCAUUUCUCAAGAAUUUCAAAAACCCUUGCUGGAUUGAGAGAAAUAUCAAUGACACAAAUACACGUAUUAGAUGUUUGCCAUACUUUUAUCUCGUAGGAAUGCCAAAGUGCGGUACAUCGGACUUUUACAAAAGAAUAACACAACACCCGUCAAUUUCAAAUAAAUCUCGUAAAGAGACACACUGGUUUUCUAGGAGAGGAUUUAGUAGAAAUGGAAAGUAUAAAUCAUUAACAAAUUAUCUUCAACUUUACGACCACAUAGUAACAGAAGACGUUUUAAAAUCAAAACAGACGAAUGGGCGCCACAGUGGAAUUUUUGGUGAUUUUAGUGGUACGUAUUGGGACAGCAACAAAUUGUUAAUGAACUGGAAUGAUAAAAAUGGGAAAGAAGCAAUUCCUCCGUUUACUAUUUCUGAUGUCAUACACAAAUUGAAUCCUGCCACAAAGAUAUUAUUCUUGUUAAGGAAUCCAGUUAAAAGAAUUUAUUCUGACUACUUAUAUUUUGGAAAAGGGAAAAAAGAUGCUAACGAUUUCCAUGCAAAAAUAAAAGCCGCUAUACAGAGACAUUGGGGAAACAUCAACACAAAAAUGUAUGCACUAGUUGGUCAGAUGUUACCUGAGACAAAAACGCUUCUAUCAGAUUUUUACAGGAAACAUAAUGAGAAUCUAAGUAAGCUGCUUGGUGAAAAUAUGACAUACGAUUAA